UAUUUUUUAAGCUGUCUGUCCAGUAGAGUUGGCUGUUUAUUAAGCUCAGACCCUCUUCUUACUGCUGCUUUAUCCUUCGUUAUCGAUGUGGCUUUUGAAUUUUUUGCUGGGUUUUGACCUCAAGGGGAUAUUCCUGUGUAUCUUUAUUUUUAUCCUAAUAGCAGACUUUCUAAAAAACAGGAAUCCACCAAAUUAUCCUCCAGGACCGUACGCUCUUCCUCUUGUGGGGAAUGUCUUCAGCUUGGACAGGAAACAUCCACACAAGUAUUUCACAAAGCUGGCUGAAAUCUAUGGGAAUGUGUUCAGCGUCCGCCUUGGCCGUGACAAGAUGGUGUUUGCGUGUGGGUACAAAAUGGUGAAGGAAGCCAUAGUGACACAAGCUGACAACUUUGCGGAUCGACCGUUUGAUGCAAUCAAUGAAAGGUUUUACUCAGGAAAAUCAGGUGGUCUGUUCAUGAGCAAUGGUGAACCAUGGAAAAGACAGAGACGUUUUGUCUUGUCUACCUUACGUACCCUCGGCCUGGGCAAAAACAUCAUGGAGCAGAGUAUCUGUGAGGAGAUCCGACACCUGCAGGAGGAAAUAGAAAGCGAGAAUGGUGAACCUUUCAACCCAGCAAGUCUCUUCAACAAUGCUGUGUCCAACAUCAUUUGCCAGCUGGUGAUGGGGAAACGGUUUGACUACAGUGACCACAACUUCCAGACCAUGCUGAAGAAUAUAUCUGGCGUUGUUAGAGUGCAGGGCUCUGUAUGGGGUUUGCUAUAUCAGGCAUUCCCUGGAGUGAUGAAACACUUGCCAGGUCCUCACAACAAAAUGUUCAGUCAAUUUCACGCCAUCUUAGACUUCAUUGGUCAGGAGGUAAAGAGCCACAAAAAGAGCCUGGACCCCAGUAAUCCACGAGACUACAUUGAAGCUUUCAUCAUUGAAAUGGAGAAUCACAAAGAUUCUGAUCUGGGCUUCAAUGAGAUCAAACUGGCUCUUAACUCAGUGGAUCUGUUCAUGGCUGGAACGGAGACGACCUCCACCACUCUGCUGUGGGCUUUGGUUUACCUCAUCAAGAACCCUGAUAUCCAGGACAAAGUCCAGGCAGAGAUAGACAGAGUGAUUGGACAAACCCGACAGCCGAGUAUGGCAGACAGACCCAAUCUACCGUACACCGACGCUGUUAUCCACGAGGUCCAGAGGAUGGGAAACAUUGUUCCUCUCAAUGGAAUCAGAAGGGCCGCCAAGGAUAUGAAACUGGGGGAUUACAUCAUACCCAAGGGUACGUCCUUGAUGCCCAUGUUGACCUCUGUGAUGUUUGACAAGACUGAAUGGGAGACUCCAGACACCUUCAACCCUGGACACUUCCUAGAUGCUGAGGGGAAGUUUGUGAAGAGAGAAGCUCUGCUUGCUUUCUCUGCAGGGAAACGCGCGUGUCUCGGAGAAGGCCUCGCCAAGAUGGAGCUGUUCCUGGUUUUGGUCGCUUUACUACAGAAGUUCUCUUUCUCUGUUCCUGAUGACGAAAAGUUGAGUACAGAAGGAGUAACUGGAAUUACACGAGUACCGCACCCCUUCAAGGUUUACGCCAAGGCUCGUUGAAUCAAAAAACAUGUUAUUGGAUUUAAGAAAUUAAACGCUUUAAGAGAGAAAGCUAAAGUUAUUUUUUUAGUCUGUAUGACUGCCUGGUUCAAUGCUUAUUGCCUCUACAUUCAAGUCUAUGUUAAUAUUUUUGCAUUAAUUGCACUGUUUAUAAGACAUUUAGCUUUGACCUUGUAGUUCUUAUUGACAAAAUAUAAAGAUUCAAUAAAUGUAUUCUUUGAAACUA